GAAUUUGCCAAAAAUCCAUUUGAUGGAGCCUUCAUGCUUAACAGAGUAAGAAUUGAUGAAAAUAAAACAACUUCUAACACAUGCAACCGCUUGUUGUGCUCCAACAGAAAACUAAAAUCGACCUUUCCACCAUAAAGUCGGCUUUAGUCCUUUUUAGCCAUGAAUCACGCCCCAAAGACUCUUUAACAUCUUUUCUAAAGAAACUCCGCUAAAGCUCCAAAGAAUAAACCUUCGACUUUCAACGUAGAACCGCCUCCAUUCACGUUCAAAUUCGAGAAAUCAAACCCUAACUUGAGCCAAAAAACACACAAGUAACCUUCUCCUUCCCGGCUACUCUCUCUUGCAACAGCUCAGUACCAAGUUCUGAUGCGCACAAAAUCGCAAUCGUUUAAAGCAUUUCGUUCUCAAACCAGCUCCGUAAGAAAGCAAGAUUUCGAAGCAGAAUCAUUGAAAUCAAAGAAACAGCAACGAAGUCUACAGACCGGUUCCGUUUCCGAUCCAGUUCCACCACCGGAAAUCGAAAUUAUCAACUCCACCAACUCCACCGGCGGAACGAAGUUCAAGAAAAGUACUGACACUGAGCUCCCCCUGCAGCACCGAUUAGAUUGUUUGGAAGUGAGAAAAGGAAAAAAGCGGAAAGGAAAAGAAGAGACGGAAAAAGGAAGUCAUGGGAUCAAGGAGAAGGGAAACAGAAUUGUGGCCGGGAAAUCAGAGGAAGAAGAAAAGCAGAACGAAAACAAAACAGGCUUUAUGUGGGGAGCUUUCCUUUUAGUAAUUAAUUUUAAUUUAAUGAGAACAAGCCGACAUAUUAUAGACUGAGGCAAUCAGGGGAGGGGAGAGAUUUUUUUUAUUUUUUUUUACUUUUUAUUCUGAACACUUAGUAUCCGAAAACCUCUUUGAUUAUCGACUAAUUUAAAUUUGAGAUAGAUAAAACUUAAUAGGUGGUAAAAUUUUUUUUUCAUAACCUUUAAUAAAAUUGUAUUUUUAAG